AUGAAAAACAACACCAUUUGGCUGAUAGCUAUUGUUAUAACAGUGUUAUUUAUCUAUAAUAACGAUGCAUUGAAUCGUAGAAUUUUUAAGAUCUAUAAAGAAGGAGAUAGCUUUUUACCAUGUAGUUCAGAGCAACUGCGAUAUCAAUUAACUCAAUCACAUCGAUCUUUGGGUCAAAUUUUAAAUGGUGAUAAAGCACAAAUCACUCCAUAUAGUUUUAAAUUUUUAGAAACGUCUACGACCAGAGUAAUAAAUAAUGAAACUGACAAUUGUAGUCCUUACACUGAGAAAUAUGCAACAGAAACAUUGAAAAGGUUCAUCCAGAAUGAUUACUUUUAUGAGUUUCAAGUGGGUGGUCUCAUUGCAUAUUAUCAAAACUGGAAUGGUCGAACAUUCAAUGCUAUUGCAAUUGGAUCACACGAUGGAGAGGAAGUCUAUUUCAACAAUCAUUUAUCAUUCACAAUCUUCUAUAACAAUCUUGGAGAUGAUGAAUACACAAUCGUUGGAUUUAAAGCUCAACCAAUGUCCAUUCAAUACAAUGAGCAAGCCUUCUUUAAGUACCGGGAGCUGGAGGAAGAGACCUACACUUUACCGUUAGGUGAAAAUCAAUUUAUGUUACAAACAUAUUCUAUCACGUUUGAAGAAGUGGCAUAUAUUACAUGGGAGCAUCGUUGGGACAAAUUGGUACUAAAUUUUCUACCAAAAAUUAUCAGUAGUGUCUUAUGUAUAGUUGGUUUGACAGGUUAUUUGGGGGUAGGUCUCAUUGUCUACAACAUGACCAUCAAGAUACUAGUUAAUGCACAAUCUCUAGAUGAUUUAUCGAACGAAGUUAUCUAUAAUUAUUUGCCUCCAUUUAUAAGAAGCAGAAUGACUUCAAGAUAUUUUAGCUAUCAAAAGAUGGCAAUUUCCAUUCAGAAUAUAAGAAAUGACGUUUUCAGAACACCAGAGAAUCCGAUGCUCUUGUCAAGUUUGGUUGGUGGCGGACUCCAAUUAAUUAUUUCAGGAUAUGCAUCGAAAAGAGUUUAUCAAUCAAUGAAUGCAAAGGUUAAUUUAUUAAAUUUUGAUAUUAAAUUCACGGCUUUGAUAUCAUUUUUAAUUCCAGGUAUUCUUUUUUCAUAUUAUAUCAUGAUUAUUGGAUCAUUAUCAAAUUCGGUUGGUGCAACUACCUCAAUAUAUCCAAGAGAUAUUAUUUAUUGUAUUUUUAUUUGGAUAUUUGUUCAUACACCAAUGGUAUACUUUGGAACUUUGAUUGCCAACAAACACCCAUAUUCACACACUCCAAUUCAACCUUCAGUAUCACCACAUGUUUACCCACCAAUAAGAACAGGUCUAUCGAUGCUAACCAAUAUUACAUUUGGUUUCUCAUCGAUUCUCUUUGGUAGUUUUCUGUUUAUACAUUCGGACUUAUCCAACUAUAAAAGAUUUCAAUUCUAUGACGCCUACCACUACUUGUUAGCCGAAUAUUUAAUAACUACAUUAUUUAUGAUGGUCAUAUCCAUGUGCUAUACUCUAAUGUAUUUUGCCUUUGAGUUACACAACUGGAAUUGGAGAUCAUAUAAAAUGAAUUGUACAACAUUCAUUUUUAUUAGUUUUUUCCAAUAUUUCUUUACAGUGGUAACUCUUUUUCAACCAGAUAUAUCAACUUAUCUAGAGAUCAACAAAUACUCUGGUUGUGAUAUCUUUAGUUAUCGAAAUACCACCGAUAAGUUGGCAGAUUUUAUCAAAGCGGGUUACUAUAUGGAGAUGGAAAUCGAUGAUCUUGUUGCCUAUACCAUCUCGUAUGGUGGAAAUGGAAAAUCCAAUGCAAUUAGCUUAGGAAAUUAUUGGACUGAUCAAAUCACCAAUCAAAAACAUUUAACAAUCAACAACUAUUUGUCAUUCACCAUUCAGUAUAACAAAGUUAGCGAAGAUGAGUAUACUAUAGUUGGAUUCCGUGUUGAACCAUACACCAGUCAAUUCAACUUGCAAAACUAUCUUGAUAACGGUAUUAUCAGCGCUAAUGGCACCUUCCAAUAUCUAGAUAGUGACAAAGAGUUUCUUUUGUACACCUACUCGGUCACCUUUGAGCAGAGCGAUGUCACAUGGGAACAUCGAUGGGAUCAACUGAUUGACCAUGAACUUACCAGUGUAUUUGUUGGUGCUAGUACAAUCAAGAUUAUUAUGAUCAUCCAAGUCUUUAUCUUUGUAGGCAUUGUACUAUAUAAGCAAAUAAAGAAAAUUUUAGAUGCACAGACGUUGGAAGAACUAUCGAACGAUGUUGUCUACAAGAAAGUGCCGCUUUGGUGGAAAAAAAGACUGAAUUCCAGAACGUUUGACUAUCAAAAGAUUGCAAUUUCAUUACAAGCUGUAAGACAUGAUGUUUUCAGAACACCAAAGAAUCCGAUGAUCUUGUCAAGUUUGGUUGGUGGUGGAUUCCAAUUGUUCAUCACAGUAUUAAUCACUUUGAUAUUAUCGAAUAUCAUACCACCAUAUUCAAACAGUGGAUCUCUUCAUUCCAAUCUUUUGUAUUGUUAUUUAUUCACUGGUAUUAUUUCAGGAUAUGCAUCGAAAAGAGUUUAUCAAUCAAUGAAUGCAAAGAAUAAUGGAUUAAAAUUUGAUAUUAAAUUCUCAUUCUUAAUAUCAUUUUUAAUUCCAGGUAUUCUAUUUUCAUACUAUAUCUUGUUUAUGUUGUCUGUUUCAAAUUCAGUUGGAGCAACAAACACACCAUCCUUUAAAAACAUGGUUGUUUGUUUUGUAAUAUGGAUAUUUGUUCAUACACCAAUGGUAUUCAUUGGAUUGUUUAUUGCCAACAAACAAUCACAUCCUGAGAUACCAAUUCAACCUUCAGCAUCACCACAUAUCUAUCCUUCAAGUAAGUUAGGAGUUACGUUGUUUGCAAUCGUGUUUUUCGGACUCUCAAAUACCUUGGAUUAUAAUGCCCAGUUUAUUACCUACGACUAUGCCAACUACUCAAGAUUUACCUAUUUCGAUAUUUACAGCUAUGUAUCAACUGAAUAUAUAUUUUCAGCUCUCUUUGUUGGUUCCGUUGCUAUCAUUUACACUUUACGAUUCCUUACAUAUGAGGUACACAAUUGGAAUUGGAGAGUAUAUGAAAUGAACACUGGAACCAUAGUAUUCUUUUUUAUUUCUCAAUACAUCUUCUCUAGUUUAUAUCAUAUUUCAUUUGAUGAUUCCACAUCAAAAUUCUAUUAUUUCGCAGUAACAGGAUUCAGAUCAUUAAUCAUUUAUUUCCUCAAUAGUUCCAUCUCUUAUCUUUCAUCUUAUCUAUUUGUAAGAGUUUUAUACAGUAAAAAAUAUCUUGGUGGUAAACCUCUUUUCAGAGAAGAGAGAGAUCCUCUGCCGAUCUAUGUGAACAAGUUGAUUUCGCAAGACAAAAUCUUCUCUUAUUCAUACUAUGAUUUACCAUUUUGUAAACCUGAAAACGGUAGUUUAUCGUCUCAUGAAACUAUCGGUCAAGUUUUAAAUGGUGAAAGAAAACAACUCACUCCUUAUAAUGUAACAUUUUUGCAACCAACAUCAGGUUAUCAAGAGAUCAAUAAAUACUCUGGUUGUGAUAUCUUUAGUUAUCGAGAUACCAACGAUAAGCUGUCAGAGUUUAUCAAAGAGAGAUACUAUAUUGAGAUGGAAAUCGAUGAUCUUGUUGCCUACACUUGGAGUGGGGUUGCAAACUACAAUGCAAUCAAUAUCGGAAAUUACUGGUUCGAUCGAGCAAGUAAUCAGGAAAUAUUGACAAUCAACAACUAUUUAUAUUUCACAAUUCAGUAUAACAAAGUUAGCGAAGAUGAGUAUACAAUCGUUGGACUCCGUGUUUUACCACAGAGCAGACAAUUCAACUUGCAAAACUAUCUUGAUAACGGUAUUAUCAGCUCUAAUGGCAGCAACCAAUAUCUAGAUAGUGACAAAGAGUUUCUGUUGUACACUUACGCGGUCGCCUUUGAGGAGAGCAAUGUCACAUGGGAACAUCGAUGGGAUCAGCUGAUUGACCAUGAACAUACCAGUGUGUUAGUUGGUGCUAGUACAAUCAAGAUUAUUUUGUUUAUCUAUAUCUUUAUCUUGACAGGUAUUGCAAUAUAUAUGCAAAUAAAGCGAAUUCUAAGUGCACAGACGUUGGAAGAACUAUCGAACGAUGUUGUCUACAAGAAAGUGCCGCUUUGUUUGAGAAAAAGAAUGACCUCCAGAAUGUUUGACUAUCAAAAGAUUGCAAUUUCAUUACAAGCUGUAAGACAUGAUGUUUUCAGAACACCAAAGAAUCCGAUGAUCUUGUCAAGUUUGGUUGGUGGUGGAUUCCAAUUGUUCAUCACAGUAUUAAUCACUUUGAUAUUAUCGAAUAUCAUACCACCAUAUUCAAACAGUGGAUCUCUUCAUUCCAAUCUUUUGUAUUGUUAUUUAUUCACUGGUAUUAUUUCAGGAUAUGCAUCGAAAAGAGUUUAUCAAUCAAUGAAUGCAAAGAAUAAUGGAUUAAAAUUUGAUAUUCAAUUCUCAUUCUUAAUAUCAUUUUUAAUUCCAGGUAUUAUAUUUUCAUACUAUAUCUUGUUUAUGUUGUCUGUUUCAAAUUCAGUUGGAGCAACAAACACACCAUCCUUUAAAAACAUGGUUGUUUGUUUUGUAAUAUGGAUAUUUGUUCAUACACCAAUGGUAUUCAUUGGAUUGUUUAUUGCCAACAAACAAUCACAUCCUGAGAUACCAAUUCAACCUUCAGCAUCACCACAUAUCUAUCCUUCAAGUAAAUUAGGAAUUACAUUCUUAGUAAUCGUGUUAUUCGGACUCACCAAUACCUUAGAAUUUAACGCUCAGUUUAUUACCUACGACUAUGCCAACUACUCACGAUUUACCUAUUUCGAUAUUUACAGCUAUGUAUCAACUGAAUAUAUAUUUUCAGCUCUCUUUGUUGGUUCCGUUGCUCUCAAUUACACUUUACUAUUCCUUUCAUAUGAGAUUCACAAUUGGAAUUGGAGAGUAUAUGAAAUGAACACUGGAACAAUAGUAUUCUUUAUCCUAUAUCAGUACUUCUUCUCUAGUUUAUAUCAUAUUUCAUUUGAUGAUUCCACAUCAAAAUUCUAUUAUUUCGCAGUAACAGGAUUCAGAUCGUUAAUCAUUUAUUUCCUCAAUAGUUCCAUCUCUUAUCUUUCAUCUUAUCUAUUUGUAAGAGUUUUAUACAGUAAAAAAUAUCUUGGUGGUAAACCUCUUUUCAGAGAAGAGAAAAUUGGUCAACUUACUUUCAACCUCGAUAUAUUAGGAAUGUCCAUUGCACUAAGGAGGUGUUUUUUAUCACCUCCUCACGAGUUGACAUCCCUGUCGUCUAGUUCUCAACUAAGAGUUGUAUAA